UUAAUAGAAUUUGAAAUAAAAUUCAAUGAACACAUUUGGUAGAUUUGCUGCCAAUUAGGGUGGGGAGAAGUAUAUGGGUACACAACAAAUUUUUAAUGGUAUUGAGAAUAUGUCAAGUCUGAAAUCUGCUUUGUGCUUGUUUUCACCAAACACCAAAUGGUAGUGUAAUUUUCAAUGUACACAAAUGCAUGAUCCAUAGAUCCUCCAUAGAAUAUGAUGAAUUAUCAAUGAUAAUGAUGCAUGAUGAAUAUGAUUGAUUUAUGAUGAUCAAAUAAUGACUUAAAACACAUCCAUUGUGAAUUGAGAUAGAUAAUUGAAUUGAUGCAUGUUGGAGGUGUUCGAGUCAUAUAAUACGUGAGAAGGUGAGAGCCUUGUGGUGUGGACUGGCAAAGGCUCAUCCAUUCCAUCCAAAAUAUAUUCAGAAGGCAACAUAUGGCAAACGCUAUGAGACACGGUAAAUCAAAUCAAGACGAUGUAUGCUAUGUAGUAGCAAAAUAUGACUACUCAGCACAAGGUGCACAAGAAUUAGAUUUACGUAAGAAUGAACGCUAUCUGUUAUUAGAUGACAGCCGCCAUUGGUGGCGCGUACAAAAUAGUCGUAAUCAUAGUGGUUAUGUACCAAGUAAUUAUGUGAAAAAGGAGAAACCGUCAUUGUUUGACAGCAUCAAAAAGAAAGUGAAGAAGAGUGGUGGUGGUGAUGGUAAUAGUUCAAAGGGUGGACCACCAGGUGUGCCUGGUGGUGGAUGUAGAACAUUACCUACAUCAGGCUCACCAUCACGCGGUGGCACAAACAAUAUAAAUACAGAUUCACCAUCAAUGUCACGUAGACAUUUAGCACAAUUAGUAACCGAUCCGAGUGAAGCUAUUGGUACAGCAAUUGUUAAAUAUAAUUAUCAAGCACAACAACCAGAUGAACUGUCAUUAGUAAAAGGUACACGAAUAUUAAUAUUAGAGAAAAGUAACGAUGGUUGGUGGCGUGGACAAAGUGGUGGACAAAUGUGCGGAUGGUUUCCAAGUAAUUAUACACAAGAAGAUCAUCAUGACGGAUCCGGCCAUAAUGACGACACAUUGCAUACUUACGCGAUGGCAGAGAAUGUUUUGGAUAUUGUUGUUGCUUUAUAUUCGUUUACAUCAACAAAUGAUCAAGAAUUAUCAUUUGAGAAAGGUGAUCGCUUAGAAAUAUUAGAUCGUCCUCCAACUGAUCCUGAAUGGUAUAAAGCACGUAACGGGCAAGGUCAAAUAGGUUUAGUGCCGCGUAAUUAUCUACAAGAGUUAAGUGAAUAUUUAACACAACCAUAUCGUGAUCAACAAAAUCAAGGACAAGAAUCCUUAGAACGAACAGAUCAUCAUCAUCAGAUUCAUGUUGCUGAUCAAACAAACCAAAAUACAAAUGGUGCGUCUAUAGAUCGUCCGCAUUUAAUUGGUAAACCAUGGUAUUAUGGACAUAUAACACGGAAUCAAUGUGAUAAUAUGUUAAAUCAACAUGGACAUGAUGGAGAUUUCUUAGUUCGAGAUAGUGAAACAAAUAUGGGUGAUUAUUCAGUAUCAUUAAAAGCACCAGGACGUAAUAAACAUUUUCGUGUUCAUGUGGAUGGUGCAUUAUAUUGUAUUGGGCAACGUAAAUUUCAUAAUUUAGAUCAAUUAGUUGAUCAUUAUCAGCGAUCACCGAUUUAUACAAAUAAACAAGGCGAAAAAUUAUAUUUAGUGCGACCAUUACCAAAAACACCGCAAACAUUAGCUACUGGAGGUAUCAAUCCACAAACAACAAAUGGUCAAUAAUAAAACACACUUAUUUAUUAUUAAAAAGAAGUCGAUCUCUCCAUCCAUUUUUUUUAUUUAAUAUUAUCAUCAGAGAUGACGGGGCAGUGCAAGAGUCAUGUACGUAUGAAAUAAUUAUUUAUUGUAAAUGAGACGUCCAUUUUGUCUUUUUUAUUCACAUAAUAUGCGGUAUACUAUACAAAUCCAUACAGGUACCUGUUUAUUGUAGAACAUAAUUUAGCUAGAGCUCAUUUAGUUAAUGUACGUAGUUAUUACUUGUAAGCCGGGUACCUUUUAGAGUAUUAACGAUCUCUACUUAGAGUCAUACAGUCAUCUUUGUGUUUUGUAUAUUUUGUUGUCAAUGGAGUAUCGAUUUAAGUGCACGUUUUACGCAUAUUUGCUAGAAUGGCGUAGUUUUUACACCCAUUUCAUUCCGAGCUAUAAUCUUAGCUUUAAAAGGAGCUGCGUAUUAACAUUUAUAUAACA